AUGAGUAAAUUAUCAACUUCAGCAGUCUCCGGACUUCGUACCACAGUCGACGCAGCGUGCGCUAACCCUGUGAGCGACAUUCCCGGAGUGACCGUUGUUGUGGUCAACAAAAAUGGAGAAGAGCUGUUUGCUCAUUCGGCUGGAAACCGUGGUGUUGGCAGCUCGGAAAAAAUGACUCUUGACAACAUUUUCUGGAUCGCCUCCUGUACAAAGAUGAUUACCGGAAUAGCAUGUAUGCAAUUGGUUGAACAGGGUUUACUGGCUUUAGAUGAUUCUGCGCAGGUUGCAAAGCUAUCCUCGGAGCUGAGAGACGUAAAAGUUCUCACAUCUGAUGGCAAGCUUGUCGAGAAAUCCAAGCCCAUCACUCUCAGAAUGCUACUCAACCACACUGCAGGAUUUGGGUAUACAUUCUUCAACGAGAAAUUGAGGGACUAUAGCAAGCCGAUUGGGUAUGAUGAGUUCUCUGGACAUUCGUUUGACAUGCUUCAACCUCUUGUCAAUCAGCCUGGUGAGGCCUGGGAAUAUGGGAUCAAUAUUGAUUGGGCCGGCGUUCUUGUUGAAAGAGUUACUGGUCUUUCUCUCAAUGACUACAUGCAAAAGAACAUCAUGCAGCCACUCGGCCUCAAGAACAUCUCUAUGUUUCCCUCGGGUGAUAUGAAAGCCAAAUUGGCUCAUAUGAACUUUCGGAAUCCAGAUGGAAAAUUAUCUGCUUUUGAUCAUCUCCAGCGACGUCCCUUGAUUGUUGAGACCGAGGAUCAGGUGAAGUCAUGCUUCAACAGCGGUGGUGCGGGAUGUUUCGCAAAGCCCCAGGAAUAUGCUCAAAUUCUUGCAGUCUUGCUUAAUAAUGGGACAUCACUAAUUACUGGUGCACAAAUCCUGAAACAGGCCACCGUCGACGAGAUGUUCAAGAACCAGAUCCCAAAUCUCCCUAGUUUCGCCCGCAAUGGCAUCCCUGACGCCAAGCCAUGGCUAACAAACCCAAUCCCUGAUCUUUAUCCUGCCCCAGGUCAUGAACAAGGCUGGGGACUGACUUUUAUGCUCACUGGGGGACCGACUGGACGUUCUCCGGGCACUGCACAAUGGGCUGGACUUCCAAAUCUAUGGUGGUGGUGUGACAGGGAGAAAGGCAUUGCAGGAAUAGUUUGCUCUCAGGUGCUGCCGUUCGCGGAUGCUAAAGUUCUUGGCCUUUGGUUUGGGGUCGAGGGUGGAAUUUAUGCAGGCUUGCAGUAA